GUGAAACUUGUCACCCACAGUGGCAAGAUGGCUACGGAACCAAAUAAGACCGAAAUCUUGACGAUUUUCAAAAGAUUGAGAUCAGUUCCCACAAACAAGGCUUGCUUCGACUGCGCUGCCAAAAACCCGAGCUGGGCCAGCAUCUCGUACGGCGUGUUCCUGUGCAUCGACUGCUCCGGCAUCCACCGCUCGCUGGGCGUCCACCUCAGCUUCAUCAGAUCCACAGAGUUAGACUCCAACUGGAACUGGUUCCAGCUGAGAUGCAUGCAGGUCGGAGGGAACGCCAACGCGACGGCCUUCUUCCGUCAGCACGGCUGUUCCACCAACGACACCAACGCCAAGUACAACAGCCGCGCCGCCCAGAUGUACCGAGAGAAGAUCCGGCAGCUGGCCAACGCGGCGCUGUCAAAGUACGGCACCGAGCUGUGGAUCGAUUCGUCUGCAGGAGGAGCGUCUGCCGCCGCCGAGAAGAAGGACGACGAUUUCUUCGCUGAACAUUCACAGUUUUCUGAUGAGUGGAGCAUAGCGCCCCCUGCAGAGCAGAACGGAGCCGCUGUUUGCCCCCAGCUGACCGACCCGGCGCCGAAAGCCCAGGAUGACGGCCAACCAGAGGACGGGCCGAGCAUCGACGGUCUCAGCACGUCGCCCAAAGCCGCCAUUGAUGUGAAGCCGUCCAUCAUUGGGAAGAAGAAACCCAUGGCUGCUAAAAAAGGGCUCGGGGCAAAGAAAGGUCUGGGUGCGCAGAAGGUGAGCAGCAAAAGCUUCUCUGAGGUGGAGAAGCAGGCGCAGGUGGCCGAGAAGCUGAGGGAGCAGGUGGCCGAGGCCAAGAAGCAAGCAGAGGAGUCCAUAGUGGCGUCCAUGCGGCUGGCCUACCAGGAGCUGCAGAUCGACAGGAAGAUGGAGGAGAAGAAGCUGCAGAACCUGGAGGGGAAGAAGAGGGAGCAGGCGGAGCGGCUGGGGAUGGGCUUCGGCGGCCGCAGCGUCGUGUCUCACUCCGUGAUGUCAGAGAUGCAGGUGAUCGAGCAGGAGACGCCGGCGGGAGCCAAGACAUCGUCCCGCUCCAAACUGGACCUGUUUGACGAGCCGGGAUUCACCUCCGGACCGCCAAAGUAUAAGGACAACCCGUUCACGGUGGGAGACGGCUUCGGCUCGCGGUGGGACGCCGACGGCGGCUCGUUCACCGCCGCCUGGGCUCUGGAGAAGGACGAACCCAAGGAGGAAGUCACCAUCUCCAGCAUCCAGCCGAUCGGAGAGAGGCUCCCCAGCCGGAGGAAAGCCGAGGCGUCGUCCGCCGGGUCGGAGUCCAGCGAGGCCAGGCAGAAGUUCGCCAACGCCAAGGCCAUCUCCUCCGACAUGUUCUUCGGUCGGGAGAGCAACGCCGAGUACGAGGCAAAGACGAAGCUGGAGAGUCUGUCGGGCAGCAGCUCCAUCAGCUCCGCCGAUCUGUUCGGAGACGGCAGCGACAGCAGAGGCCGGGUUUCGGGUUUAGACAGCGUUCUUCCCUCCGGCCCGGACAUGGCCCAGUUCAAGCAGGGGGUGAAAACGGUGGCGGGGAAGAUGGCCGUCCUCGCCAACGGGGUGAUGAACACCAUCCAGGACCGCUACGGGUCGUACUGAGCGGCGCCGGCAGAACCGACUGGCAUCGCUCCAAACGGAGCGAGGAGACGGGCGAGACGCGGGAAGGCUUGCAUGGGAAAGACGGCGUCCCCUGUCCUGUCCUCCACUAGAGACAGUAUUUCUUCCCUCAUUAGCAGAAUCGUGACUUUUAUUUUCAUAAACCAUCAGAAAGUAUCGAAUCUUUUCUAAAACAGCCGUUGUUUCUGUCCACAGCCUGCUGGUCGUAGAUUUUCAACUUGAGGACUUAAAUCUUUAUUUUCUUUAUCCAGAAAUUAAUGUGAUUUUGAUUCAUAACAUUUAAAGUUUUUGUUUUAUUGUGAUAUUAAAAACAAGGCGUCAUGUUUUCUUCAUAAAUCCAUCAUGUUUAAAAGCUGCUGACUUUCAGUUGAGUUUGGUUUUUUUUCCCUGAGAAGCACUGAUUUCAGAUCAGUCCUGAGCUGACGGCCGGGCGGUACGGAGACAAAUCAGGGCCAGAAAGUUUGUUUAAAAAAAAAAACUUCAUGAGAAAUGUUUAACUUCCAUCUGUUUCAAAAUAAAAUUUUUUGUUUAAAGUCUGUUUUAAUUAUUUUUGGUUGAUAUAAAUUUUGUUUUAAAUAUUUUUCCCAGUAUUUAUCUUCUAGUUUCCAAAUCUAUUUUUUUUUUCAGUAACAUUUUAUAUUAAAUGUUUUUCACAGUUAAAAAUAAUCAGUUAAAUAUUUUUGUUCCAGUUUUUAAAUUAUUUUUCUUUAAGCAAGAUUUAUGGCCCUUAUGUAGCUCCAUAUAGCAUCUCUGCCCUCUGCUGACAGUUCAACAGCCUUGAUGCAAACCGGGUUGGCCCAGCAGGGUCAGAGGUCACAGCUCAUGGAUGGAGGAUCUGACUAUGCAGCCCGACUGUCUGAGCCUCAAGUCUGCUAGAAAUGACCUCGGAUUCAGUUUUUACAGUUUUAAAUUUAAAACCACUCAGAUUGUUUCUGUUUCAGAACCCGGACCGGGUCGCUGAACCGGGUCGCUGAACCGGGCCGCCGGGUUCUGGGCAGACUCGACGUUCAGCAGUUGUUUGUCAUGUUUUUUUGCCCCGAUAGAAUCCAAUCACAUGGACUGAAAGGAUCAAGAUAUUUAUUUGUAGGCGACAAAAAGAACCGUAUAAAUAAAGAUGGAAAACCCUCAGA